AACAAACCUGUCCAUCAGGCCUCGGUAAACCGGUACAAAAGCACUGAGUGUUUCUCUCACACCACGCCAAAGACUCGUUCACUGGCAGGAAAACUCCGCGUUAUCCAUCUCCGACAUGUUUUUCUUGGUCAUUGGCGUCGUGCUGAUUGGAAUCGUGUAUGUGACUUUAGUGAACACCUUGUUUAAGAAGUCGACAUGUACAGGUGCGAGAGAAAUGAGUGGGAAAACGGUGAUAAUUACCGGUGGUAAUACUGGCAUUGGGAAAGCCACAGCAAUGGACCUUGCAGGUCGAGGUGCAAGAGUGAUCCUAGCUUGCAGGAACCAACAGAAAGCCGAAGCUGCCAUCAGUGAUAUUAAAAAGGUGACUGGAAGUACUGAUGUACUGUACAUGCAGCUCGAUCUGAGCAGUCUGAAAGUGGUGCGGUCCUUCGCUGAGACUUUCCUGAAAACAGAAUCCAAACUGGAUGUGCUUAUUAACAAUGCAGGGCUUGUAGCGGACGGUCGAACUGAUGAUGGUUUUGGUAUUGAGUUUGGUGUCAACCACCUUGGCCACUUCCUGCUGACGUGUCUUUUGCUGGACCGGCUUAAGGAAAGCCCAGGAGCUCGUGUGAUCACCCUGUCCUCGAUGGCUCAUCAGUGGGGCAAGAUCGAUUUUGAUGCACUGGUCACCAGCAAAGACCUGGGUAGUGGAAGAUACAGCUGGCAGUUCUUUCAGGCGUACUGCAACAGCAAGCUUUGUAAUGUUCUCUUUACGCACGAGCUGGCAAAGAGGCUGAAGGGAACUAAUGUCACCUGCUACAGUGUUCACCCUGGUAUUGUGAAAACUGAGCUCUCGCGUCACGUCAGUCUCUGGCAGAAGGUGUUCAUCGAACCAAUAGCCUGGCUGCUGUUCUUGGACACGACAACUGGCGCCCAGACCACCCUCCACUGCGCCCUACAGGAAGGCAUCGAGCCUUUCAGCGGCCGCUACUUUUCUUGCUGCACCAUGCAGGAAGUGAGCCACAAAGCCAGAGACAAUGCCAUAGCCAGGAAGUUGUGGGAUGUGAGUGAGAAAUUAUGUGGGCUUUCCUAAACCCUACAGAAAACUGUCAAACCUGCAGCCUAUGAGACAUGAAGCCAUUUCCAGUCAUUUCGUGUAUUUCAUGUCCUGUAAGUAUGAAAAUAAGUUUUAAGACUGUGAUCAUAGUUGAUGGUUGCAUUAAGUACAUUCUAGAGGAUGUGGAAAUGCACAGUUCUUCACAUUCUGGGCAUCCUGCAAGAGCACUGUGUUUACAUUUUAUACGUUGUACAAUUUAUAAACUGUUUUUCAAUGAUUGUAAUAAAAUCUGAAGUGUGGUUUAAAAUCCUUCGGUAUUUCUGUGAGAAUUAAUCAAUCAAUCCUUGUUUGUAAUUACAUAGAAAUAUCAUGCUGUAUGAUUAACUCUAAUAGACAAAAUAGUCAUUUUCAGUGAUCUUUGCAUAUGUUUCACCCCUUCCUCCUUUUGUUUCUUUUGAGGCCUGAACUUUUUCAACACUGUUAACAUACCCUACAGGCCUUUCCAGUUUGUUUGAUUGAGGGCAUCGGCCACAUUCUGUACAUGUGCCUUUUGCAUGUGCGUCUGUGGUUUAAAAAAAAAACAAAACCUGCAUGUCACUGUGUCAGAGUUGACUCGAAUUCUACAGAAAAACAUGUCUGGUUUACAUCAGGUGUUUUUCUUGAGGUUAGAGCACCAAAAAAAACUCUAACCAAUCACAAGGCUAAUGUUGGUGGUCCUAUCCACAGAGCUUUUGAAAUGAAACGUGAUCAUUCUGACUUAAGUUAGAUCUUGCUUAUGCUGUUGUUUAGUUCUGUUUGAUUGUUCGUGCUGGUUUAAAUUCAUUAAAUGAUGGAUGGAUG